CCCGGGUCAGAGUGUGUGCCCUGGAGCAGGGGCCCGGGGCAGGACGCCUGCUCUGACGCCUCCUUCCCCUCAGGGCCAGACGGGCCUCCCUGCGCCAAGAUGAGCGUCACGUCCUGGUUCCUGGUGAGCAGCGGGGGCACCCGCCACCGGCUCCCGCGGGAGCUCAUCUUCGUGGGGCGGGACGAGUGUGAGCUGAUGCUGCAGUCCCGCAGCGUGGACAAGCAGCAUGCCGUCAUCAACUACGACCAGGACAAGGACGAGCACUGGGUGAAGGACCUGGGCAGCCUGAACGGGACGUUUGUGAACGACGUGCGCAUCCCGGACCAGAAGUACGUCACGCUGAAGCUCCAUGAUGUCAUCCGCUUCGGCUACGAUUCCAACAUGUACGUGCUGGAGCGUGUGCAGCACCGAGUCCCCGAGGAGGCGCUUAGGCACGAGAAGUACACCAGCCAGCUGCAGGUGAGCGUCAAGGGCCUGGCACCCAGGAAGGGCGAAGCGCUGCCCCAGCACCCCCCUUACUGCGAGUCCUCGAGCCCCAGGCCACACAGCUUGCCCUUUGCUCCACAGGGCCCCACGGCGCCGGGCUCCCCCGGGGGUCAGAAGUGGGUGUCCCGCUGGGCCAGCCUGGCGGACAGUUACUCAGACCCAGGCCUGGCAGAGGAGAGCCCUGGGCGCAGAGCUGGGGAGCUCGAGGGGGCCUUGCCUGUGCGCCAGCGACGGCUACUCCCACAGCUGCCCAGCGACCGGGCAGACAGCCCUGGGGGCCUUGAGGCUGCCAGGAAGAGCGGCCCUGGGCCUCCGGAGCCGGGCAGUGAGCAGGCCAGCUGUCUCUUCGGCCAGGAGGACUUGGAGCCUGACAGCCUCAGCGAUGCCAGUGGGUCGGACGGUGGACGGGGCUCCGAGCUGGGUGGGGGACCCCGCGAGGAGAGACACAGGAGCCCCCAGGAGGGACUGGCAUGGACAAAGGGCCGACGUUCCCCAAGGGCCCCCGGGGAGCCAGCCCCCACCUCUUUCUUCAUUGGGGACCAGAACGGGGAGACGGCCUUCCCCAGGAAACCGUCUGUGGCUCCAGGGGAGGCCGAGGGCCCAGGAUGGGUGGCCCAGGCCAGCCCCCCGGCCAGGGACGGUGUCUACGUCAGCGCCAGUGGGAGGAUGGUCGUCCAGCUGCGGACUGGGCGGUCCCUGGAGCCCGAGGGCUCUGCCCCGGCCUUGGUGCGGCAGGAGAGCUUCAGCAAGGAGCCGGCCGCGGGCGCCCCGGUGCCGGGCCGGCUCCCCCACAUCCCCAGCCACCCGCUCCUGCAGGACCUGGCUGCAGCCCGGGCCUCUCGCGCGGACCUCCACUCACAGGAUACCCACCUGAUUCUGAAGGAGACGGAGACGGCCCUGGCGGCCCUGGAGGCCCGACUGCUUUCCAAGCCCACGGACGAGGCAGAGGGGGAGAUGGGCGGUGCCCCCGGGCCGCCGGACGACUCCCUGUCUGGGGACUCUGACGUGGACACAGCUAGCACUGUGAGCCUGGUCAGUGGUAAGAACGGGCCCAGCCCGACCAGCGCCCAGCCCCUGGGCCUGCAGAAGGACAAGCCACCGUCCCCGCCAGCAGCACAGGACACGGAGACUGUCUCCUUGAACGGCGCCCGGGACCGGCUGUCAGAGAAGCGUCACCCACUGGGCCCCACGGACGUGAGGCGCCUGGCAGCGCGGCGUGGCCCCGGGCCCCAGGUACCCUCGGACUGGCCUGACGAAGAACGAGGCUCGGGGCCGGCCCGCCCGCCUGGCACAGACACGGUCACCGCUGACCACGAGCCCCCUGUGGCAGCCGGGGCAGGGCGACCAGGGCCUCGCCGGAAGCCUGCGGCCCCGCCGCCGUCUCCGGCUGCCCGGGAAGAGCAGGGCCGCGGCUCCACCAGCUCCCAGAAGGCACAGCAGGUGCUGACCCGCUCCAACAGCCUGUCCACGCCCCGGCCCACGCGGGCCUCCCGGCUGAGGCGGGCCCGGCUGGGGGACGCCUCGGACACAGAGGCUGCGGAUGGGGAACGGGGACCCCCGGCCCACCCGGAGCCGGUGGCACGGCCAGCUGCUGAGCAGGCCAAGAAGCUGUCGCGUCUGGACAUCCUGGCCAUGCCCCGGAAACGGGCCGGCUCCUUCACGGGGCCCAGCGACUCGGAGGCGGCCCCCGCCCGGGCCGGCUUCUCCGGCCGCAGCGUUGAGCUGUACUGCGCUGGCCGCAAGCCCGUCAUGGCUGAGGCGCGGGCUGCUGCCAGGAAGGCCGCCAACUCCACCACGGUGCCCCGCCAGCCCUUCAGCAGGGCCCGCCCGGGCAGUGCCCGAUACUCCUCGCCUGGCACGCGCCGGCGCCAGCAGGGCUCCGACUGCACGUCCACGUCCGAGGAGGAGUACGGCUCCCCGCAGCACGCCCGCGCCCGCACCUCGGCCGCCACGCAGACCCCCAGGGCGGGCGGCUCGGUCCGGCCCCGCCCCCGGGCCCCUGGCCUUCGGGACACGGACGACGAGGAGGAGGACCCGGACCCCUACGGCUUCAUCGUGCAGACGGCCGAGAUCGCCGCGAUCGCCAGGCUGAGCCAGACGCUCGUGAAGGACGUGGCCAUCCUGGCCCGGGAGAUCCACGACGUGGCUGGGGACGGCGACUCUUUGGGCUCACCGGGGCCGGCCCGGAGCCCCUCCGUGCCCAGCACCCCCGCCUCAACCAUCUCCGCCCGCGAGGAGCUGGUGCAGCGAAUCCCUGAGGCCAGCCUCAACUUCCAGAAGGUGCCACCUGGCUCCCUGAGCUCUCGGGACUUGGACCAGAACAUGAACGACCGCUGCGAGGACCCCCUCGCCAACAAGACGCGGCCUCGGAACCGCGAGGAGGUGAUCUUUGACAACCUGAUGCUGAACCCCGUGUCCCAGCUGUCCCACGCCAUCCGAGAGAACACGGAGCACCUCGCUGAGAAGAUGAAGAUCCUCUUCCAGAACACAGGGCACGCCUGGGAGGAGCUGGAAGCCAGGAUCAACUCAGAGAACGAGGUGCCCAUCCUGAAGACGUCCAACAAGGAAAUCAGCUCCAUCCUGAAAGAGCUGAGGCGUGUACAGAAGCAGCUGGAAGUCAUCAACGCCAUCGUGGACCCCAGUGGGAACCUGGACCUGCUGACGGGAAGCCGGGGCCCCGCGGGCUCCGCCCAGCUCGGGAGAGGCCGGCCAGCUGCCCAGAGCCCAGCAUCGCCCCCCUUGGCCCUGCCUCUGAGGAGCUUCCCACAGCGGGCCAACUGCGGGCCCCCCGGCCUCCCGGACCCCGCCUUCCUCCCGGACUUCCUCCCCGAUGCGGAGAGGUUCCUGAUCUAGGCGGUGGGGCCGCAGUGGUGCCCCUGUUCCUGGCACCUCAGCUCCCUUCCGCCACCGCGGCCCUUCCCGGCUGUGGACGGUUCGCACAGAGACCCCCACACGUGCCAUAACCCCUGGGCAGGGGCCCCAGUGCCCAGCCCCUCCCCAGCUCCCAGCAGCACCCCGGCUGGCCUGGCCCAGCUCCCGCUGUGGCCCCUGCCGAGGGGCUGUGUCACAGGUGUGUGCCCUGCCUCCUCUCCACGCUGUUCUUUGUGUCUUAGCUUUUGAGGGAAGAGUCGUCUGUGCCGUCCCAGCAGCUCCCUGGGCCCGGAAGGCCCCCCCAGCCUCUUGGCGCCGGGAGGCCCGUGCACUUACCUGUCCCAUCCAUGUGCCAGCCGGGGAUCAGGGGAUCAGUCAGUGCCAAACAUGGAGCUGGGAAGGGCCAGCUGCACCCAAGGGCUGGAGGGCAGCGUGCACCCAGCCGGGGCCCAUGCGACCAGCCCUGUGGCCCAGUGCCCCGGGGCGGGGAUGUGGCCCGCAGAGACGUUUGGGGCAGGAACCCCACUUCUUUGGUGCCAACGCAACUGCCAAACCCACUGAGUGUGCUGGCUGCUGCCACACGGGCCAUGCAUACGGGCACACGCACAUGCCAGGUGCGCACCCACGCUCCUACCUAGCCCAGGCCCGUGUCUACACUGCAGGGCCAGUGGGUCUCAGCUGGGGACCCUGGCUGCACUGGGCUUCCUGCAGUUCUAGGCUGGGGGGGAGGGGUGAGCACUGGACCCAAGUGGCUGGAAACCAGGCUUCCAGAGCCUCCCUGGGUGCACGCCUCCCCCACCCUCACUCCCGCCCUCCCUCACGUGUCGGGCAUUACCUUCUACACCUAGGCUGCUGCGCUCUGGUCCCGGGGCGCAGGGCUGGGGCGGGGCGAGCAGGGAGAGACCCGCAGGGACAGUUUGCCUUCUCAGGGUUCUUUCAGCUGGGAACACGCCGGGGGGAGGAGGGGCUGUUUCUGGAGCCUCUAAGCCAAAGAGCCCGCGGGUGGUGGCAGGUGGGGGGCGGGGCCGGCCCACCCCGGCCACCGUGGCUCGGGGUCGCUGUGCACCCUGCCUGGCACCUGUGUGAGUGGCGAUUGCAGGACGGAGCCCGGCGGCUAGCGGCGUGAGUCCGGGCCCCACGGGUGACGCGUGUGUCGGUGUUUACAUUUAGCUGAUGUGGACUCGUGCGUGAGUCCUGUUCCCGCCCCCCAUGUUUCUGUGUGAGUGGUGGGGGCUCCCCGCCAGGACCCCGUCCCUGGAGCCUGCUGGCCCGCGUGGAGGAGGUGCUGGCCCUCCGUCCCCUGCAUGCCCCGCAGUCGCCCCCAGCCCGUCCCGUGGAAGCAGACAGCGUGUUCUCCAUCCACAGCCCCCUCAGCGACCGCUGUAUGCUUUUUUUUUUAUUCACAAAUCCCUGUUCCUCCCGCUCCAGCCUUUGACUUGGGAUCAGUAACUUAUUUGUCGGGCUUCUCGGAGGUACUUCUGUCUGUCUGUCCUCAGGUGGUCUUAUGGAUGUCUUUCAGAAAACGAUUAUUUUAUAUGAGUUGUCAUGGAAUUUGUUCUAAUAAAUCAUUCUAUCACAUGGCAA